AUGUCUGAUGAAAAUGCUUCUAGUCUUGAAGAUGCUAAUAAAAAAGUUCUUCAAGAUAUGAUAAAAUGUGCGGAACAAAAGAAACGUGGUGAUGCAUCAGGUGAAGCUAUGUCAUGGGUCAUCGAAAUUUUAAAAAAUUCUAAUCCAACAAAUAAUUUUUAUCAGCAUGUUAAUGGUUCCUCUAAUCAAGUUGUCGAAGUUGAAAAUAUUUUCCAAGGACAAACUGGUGAUGGAAAACCUUGGGAAAUGCGAUUUAAAAUCAAUGCCGAUUUGCCAAAUGAAGCAAGAAAACAUAAAGCACAUUUUGGUUGUGAUGUUUUUUGGAAUAAUGAAAGGAUUCUUGCUACACAUAAAUGGCUUCCAGAUGGUAUGUUGAAAGUCGGAAGACCAACUAUCCAAGCUAUUAGACUUGAAGAAUUUCCGACUGGACAUGAUGAAAAAAAAAAAGUGGGAGAAACCAAUGUUGCUAAACAGACUGCUGCACCGGUAGUCAGUGAAUCACCAGCUGUUAUACAACGUUGGAAACGUGACUUUUCUAAAACAAAAACUGAUGAAAUUACAUAUGAUUAUAUUAGUGUUGGAUCAGGUUCUGCUGGUGCUGUCUUAGCUAAUCGCCUAUCCGAACAAAAGGAUAAACAAGCUCUUCUAAUUAAAGCUGGUGGUGCCGAGGCAACGAUUGAAAAUGAAUUUGAUAAAGUUGUAAAAACUAUGAAGGAGCUAACUAUUGGUGAAAGUGACGAUGAAGAAAAAGAAGAUAUCGGUAUUUCUGACGGAGAACUGCUUACUGAACAAAACAGACAAGCAACUAUGGAAGAAGAACGAAAAGCAAGACACACUAAGGUGGAAAAAGAGCGUGAAGAAGUAAGGCAGAAAAUUCGUGAUAAAUAUAAUAUCAAGAAGAAAGAUGAGCUCUCCACUCCUACUCGCAAUAAAACGACAACAACAUUGAAUGAAAACAAAGCAAGAGAAGUGCAUCAAGCGUCUAGUGCAGAAAAUCAAGGUUCUGAUCCAGUGAAAACGAAGACAAAUGUAUUUAACAGUUUAAAGAAAAAAUUCGGAUGGAAAUGA